GUAAACAUCCCGAAUGGCAGGCAGUGCCAGGGCCUCAUUGUCAGGCACACUUUUUUUUACUUCCAGUACUAUCUUUGCCUUUUUUUGCAACGCAGUAUGAAAUUUUAUGAAGUUAUUCAUACAGUAAUUAUUCAUAAACAAGCGACGUUAAAGACGAUAAUUUGAGUCAGCGUGUGGGUUCUUGAUAAGCGCACAACCUGCGCGCUGAAUGCGAUGGAAGGUAUUCUUGCUGCUGCUUAUUAAUACCGCCAAAUUCCAUCAGUGCGCAGUUUUUGGCUGAUUUGCUUCUUUCCGGCCUUUCGUGGAAUUUGGCAUUGGUUACCGGUCUAUACUAUGAGUAUCUUAAGCAAAUUAUUGUUGGAUUCAUAUCUUAUCCGGCGAUCGUUCAGCCUUCUGGCCCCGAGAUGUGGUCCCGUUCCGUUCAAGGUGAAAAAUUCCAUGACGGGGAAACUGGAGACCGUUACUCCUACACACAGUCCGAAUUUGACUUGGUAUUGCUGCGGACCAACGGUGUACGACAGCGCUCAUAUGGGACAUGCUUACACUUACGUCCAGUUCGACAUCAUCCGAAGGAUCCUACAGCAGUUCGGCGGAUAUAAUGUUGUCUUCAUGAUGAACAUUACGAAUAUCGACGAUAAAAUCAUACAACGAGCGCAAGCGAUGAAGGGGCAGCGGCAAGGAAGCGAAGCUUUGAGCACUGAACGCUCCGACCAGGCUAAGUCUGACUGGUUAAGUGUGGCCAACAAGUAUGAAAGGGAGUUCUUUGACGACAUGCGUUCACUGGGCAUCAUGGAUCCCACGAUUGUCGCCGAUGUUACGCGCCACAUGCCACAGAUCAUUUUGUUCGUCGAGGAUCUGCUUAAAAAGGGGUUAGCUUACGUUGUGGACGACGGGAGUGUAUAUUUCGACGCUAAAGCAUACGGAAGAGGUGGGAAAUUUCGUCAAACAUUAGAUCCCUCCUUUAUGCGACCGGAUGAAAUGUCCACUAAAAAGCGCUCUCCGGCUGAUUUCGCCUUGUGGAAAGGCGCCAAGUCGAAUGAGCCUAGUUGGCCCGUCCCGUUCUCACCUAUCCCAGGCCGACCGGGCUGGCACAUUGAAUGUUCUACACUGGCAUCUCAUUUCCUCGGUAGUAAGAUUGACCUUCAUUCGGGAGGAAUGGAUCUUACGUUUCCUCACCAUGAAAACGAGGAGAUCCAGUGCUGCGCGUUCCAUGAUGUGGAUCGCUGGGUUAGCCACUGGAUGCACACAGGUCAUGUGGUUUUAGACGAUGAUACGAAGAUGUCCAAAAGUUUGAAGAACUAUGUCACCAUUAAAGACUUCUUGGCAAGCGACGACCCACAGGCUUUCAGAAUAUUCUGUAUGCAGCAUCAUUACAGAUCAAACUGUCGGUUUUCGGAGAAGUCUACGAAGGCGGCUAUAAGCACAUAUGCUCGUUGGAUGACAUUUCUGAAUAACGCUGAUUUUUACCAUUUGGGCGUAUUCGAUCAUCUGGUGGGUGAAAUUGAUGAUAGAGCCAUGUUUGCAAAGCUGACGGAAGUGCAAGAGAGAGUUUCCUUCCAUUUAUUCAACGAUUUUGACGUACCGGAAGCCAUGCAGGCUCUCUCGGAAUUGGUGGAUCAGGUUUAUCCGAUAAUACUGAACCCGGAACGACCAAAGAUCUCUCGACUGGACAAAGCCAUGCCACUGUCCGGCGCUGUCCCCGCCGUGGCCAACUAUCUGAACAAGUUCCUGUUGAAUCUCGGUGUUACGAUGCCGAUCCGGGCCAAUCUGUUUAACAUGAUUGUGGAUGCAGGUGGAGCCAGUGACUUUGGAUCCGUUCGCAGUGCACUGGAUCUUGAUGUGGCCAAGCUAAUGGACGAUGUAAUACGAUUUCGCAGUGCCGUCCGGGGAGAGGCUCGACGGGGAAAAAAGGCGAGAUCUCGGGUGAAUCUUCUCAAGUAUUGCGAUGAACUGCGUGAUAAUCUGCUGAAAACCGGCAUCAGUGUGAAAGACCAUGGUAAUGACUGCGCUUCCUGGGAUUAUGUGAAGAAGACACGUAAAGUUAAUUCAGUGGACUAUAAAAAACAGCUUUUUAUCAUUCUGACGAUGAUUUGGGCGAUGCUGAAAACGACGACAGUACUGAGCGUAACGACCUUGUUAAAGCUUCUGCUGACCAGAAGUCGUAGUAAACUUGCAUUGUUUCAACUGAACUAAGCUUUUCUUCUGUUUCUGUUGUGAUUGUUUAAAAUACCGAUGGUUUUGUGUUGCCGAGUAAACCGAUUUUGCUUUAUUUCGGAUAUGUCCAAACUGACUCCAAAGUGUUGUAAAAGGGAAACGUCGUGACUGUGUUCCAUGUCAAAGGUGGAAAAUUAAUACUGUACUGUACUUUUAUGCUGGUGCUAAGUCUAAUCAGAAAUUUCAUGCGAUUUGAAC